AUGAAGUUCUCACUCUUCUUGACGGCUGGCUCUCUUGCCUGGGCCAAGCCAUCGACUCCAAAGCUUGACUAUAACCGCGCUCCCCCAAAUCUCAGCACUCUGGCCAAUCUGACCAUCUACAACACAUGGCGUCCUCGAGCUCACGUACUCCCCCCUACUGGACAGAUUGGAGAUCCUUGCAUGCACUACACUGACCCCAAGACUGGACUCUUCCAUGUUGGAUAUCUCCAUGAGGGUGCUUCGGGCGCUACGACGGAUGAUCUCGUGACAUAUCGAGAUCUCAACCCCGGAGGCGCUCCUUUCAUUCGGACAGGAGGUCUAAAUGAUCCUGUGGCAGUCUUUGACGGAUCCGUUAUACCCAAGGGCAUCAAUGGCACGCCUACACUCUUCUACACCUCUGUAUCUUACCUCCCCAUCCAUUGGACCAUCAACUACACCCGCGGUAGUGAGACGCAGUCCCUCGCUGUGUCAAAGGAUGGAGGCCGCAACUUCACCAAGCUACGACAGGGCCCUGCGAUCUCAGCACCUCCUUUUGCUCUCAACGUGACGGCCUUCCGUGAUCCCUUCGUUUUCCAGAACGAAGAUCUUGACAGCCUUCUGGAAAGCGAGUCAGGGACUUGGUACAGCGUCAUUUCUGGUGGUGUCCAUCAAAAGGGCCCUAGUAUGUUCCUCUAUCGUCAGCACGACCCCGAGUUUCAGUAUUGGGAGUAUCUCGGCGAGUGGUGGCAUGAGAAGGCCAACACCACAUGGGGUGAUGGUCUCUGGGCAGGACGUUACGGUUUCAACUUUGAAGUUGCCAAUGUCUUCAGUAUUGAUGAAAAGGGGUAUAACUCUGAGGGCGAGACAUUCAUCACCUUUGGAGCAGAGUGGCAGGAAAAGCCAAUUGUUCCUCAGGUUUCGUCUUUCCGCGACAUGCUUUGGGCUGCAGGAAACAUAUCCCUGGAUAACGGGAAGCCAAAGUUUACUCCUUCGAUGGUUGGCAAGCUUGACUGGGGACGAUCUGCUUACGCCGCGGCUGGCAAAUACCUCCCUUCGGACUCAAAGGCAUCGUCCAAGAGCGGUGCUCCAGAUCGAUUCAUCAGCUACCUCUGGCUUACUGGGGAUUACUACGGCGAUCUCAAGUAUUUCCCUACUCCCCAGCAGAAUUGGACUGGGUCUCUUCUCCUCCCCAGAGAGCUUACAGUCGGCAAGAUCAGCAACGUCGUCGAUAAUGAGCUUUCACGCGAAGAAGGAUCCUGGCGUGUUGAGAGAAACGAGUCGGGUGUUUUGGAACUUGCUACUCUAAAGCAGGUCAUUGCUCGGGAGCCUAUGGCUGCAUUCACAAAGAAGACGUCUUUUGUUGAACCGGGCCGAAACAUCAGCAAGGCUGGAUCAACUACAUUCGACCGUAACCCAGAGUCCAAGUUUUACGUCCUCAAGAGCUCUAUCUCAUUCCCCAAAUCUGCCCGCGGCUCGGACCUCAAGGCUGGUUUCCAGAUUCUGGCUUCUGAAAAGGAGUCCACCACUAUUUACUACCAGUUCUCCAACGAAUCUAUCAUCAUAGAUCGCAGCAACACUAGUGCUGCAGCCCUUACAACUAGCGACAUUGACGCCCGUCCUGAAGCUGGUCGACUCCGUCUUUUUGACGUUCUGGUUGAUGAUGAGGAGAAGAUUGAGACACUUGAUCUUACUAUUGUCGUGGAUAAUGCCAUCGUUGAGGUCCAUGCCAACGAUCGAUUUGGAGUUGCCACCUGGGCUCGUUCUUGGUAUGCCGAUUCGACCGACAUUCGCUUCUUCCAUCAAGGAAGUGGCGAGGUGUCUUUCAGCAAUGUGACGAUCUAUGAGGGUCUUGCGGAUGCUUGGCCCGAGAGAAAGCGAUAG